AUGAGGAAAGCAGAGGAGAAGAAGGGCAUGGAAGAAAAUCUGAUACCGAAACAAAGAGAGGACUCGGACUACUCCUCCUCGUCUUUAACGUGGGAGGUGUUCUUUGAAGAAGUGAAGAGAUUGGGCUGGAUAGCUGCACCAAUGGUUGCUGUGAAUCUGUCGCUGUUCCUGUUGCAAGUUAUUUCAAUGAUGAUGGCCGGUCAUCUCGGUGAACUUUCUCUCUCAAGUGCCGCCAUAGCCGUCUCGCUUUCUGGUGUCACAGGCUUCAGCUUCCUAAUGGGGAUGGCAAGUGCAUUGGAAACUCUUUGUGGGCAAGCUUAUGGAGCUCAGCAGUAUCGCAAACUUGGAACUCAGACUUAUACUGCUAUAUUCUGCCUAAUUUUAGUUUGUCUUCCAAUCUCUCUGAUAUGGAUAAACAUGGGAAAGAUACUUGUAUUAAUCGGCCAAGAUCCCGAAAUUUCUCAUGAAGCUGGUAGAUUUACAAUAUGGCUUAUUCCUGGACUCUUUGCUUAUGCAAUUGUUCAACCGCUGAUUCGAUUCUUUCAGAUGCAGAGUUUGAUUUUUCCCAUGUUUAUAAUCUCUAUCAUAACUCUGUGUCUCCACAUACCACUCUGUUGGGUUUUAGUAUUUAUGUCAAGACUUGAGAAUCAUGGAGCAGCAUUUGCACUCAGUAUUUCUAUGUGGUUAAAUGCGAUUUUUCUUGGGUUAUACAUGAAGUGCUCUUCUGCCUGUGCAAAAACCCGUUCACCAAUUUCUGUGGAGUUGUUCCGAGGGAUUGGAGAGUUUUUCCGCUUUGCCGUUCCUUCUGCUGUAAUGAUAUGCCUCGAAUGGUGGUCAUAUGAGUUGCUCGUUUUGCUAUCAGGGCUUUUGCCUAAUCCACAGCUUGAAACUUCAGUCCUCUCUAUAUGUCUUCAAACAAUUUCAACACUCUAUAUGAUACCAUAUGGACUUGGUGGAGCAGCAAGCACUAGAAUCUCAAAUGAAUUAGGAGCAGGGCACCCAAAAUCUGCGCGUAUAGUUGUCUACGCUCUGAUGUUUGUUGCAAUAGUGGAAGCAACAAUUGUAAGUUCAACAAUCUUUGCUAGCCGACACGUUUUUGGUUACACAUUCAGCGACGAGAAGGAAGUUGUGGAUUAUGUCAUUGUCAUGUCUCCCUUGAUCUGUAUUUCCAUUAUAUUAGAUUCCUUACAAGGAGUACUUUCAGGUGUUGCCAGAGGAUGCGGAUGGCAGGACAUAGGAGCUUAUGUCAACCUAGCGGCAUUCUAUCUUUGUGGUAUACCUUGUGCUGCAAUGUUGGGUUUCUGGGCAAAAUUAGGGGGGAAGGGCCUUUGGAUGGGCAUACAAACCGGUGCCUUUACGCAGAUAAUCCUCCUCUUCAUUGCAACAGGUUGCACAAACUGGGAAAAGCAGGCAAACAAGGCAAGGGAGAGGGCCUUUGAAGGAAGACUCUCAGCUGACAAUGGUUUGGCGUAAAUGAUAGGAAUAGUAUGCUAAAGGCCAAUAUUUUAUGUAAUAUUCAAACUCUAUUUAUUUAUUUGAAUAAAAUAUAUUUAGCAUUUAAAAUGAAAAAA